GGCAUUCAUUGAAUUUUACAAGCAGAAACGUCAGUAAAGUGAAAAUGUGUGUUUCUAAUAGGCUCAAGGAACUUCAAUAAAGGAAGAUAAUACUGAUGAAUUAAUUUGCUGAAGCUGCAAGCAAGGGGUUUUGUUUGUUUGUUUGUUUUUAAAUUUAAAUGGAUCCUGUUUUCAAUAAGCAGCAUGAAGGAGGAGUCUUGCCAGGGCCCUGCCAUAUGAAAUGGAAGACAGCUUGUUCUCUGUCUGAUGAAAUUUGGGAUGAAAGACGGCAACCACAACCUCUAACCUCAUCUCAGAACUGCCAGAGGAUAACUGUAGAAACCACUUGGACUGCUGCAAAGUCUGGCCACAGGGAUGGGCAGGAUGCGUUCCCAUGGUUUGGAAUGGAUAUCGGUGGAACACUGGUUAAACUGGUCUACUUUGAACCUAAGGACAUUACUGCAGAGGAGGAACAGGAGGAGGUGGAAAACCUGAAAAGCAUUAGGAAAUACUUGACCUCUAAUACAGCCUAUGGUAAAACUGGCAUUCGCGAUGUCCACCUUGAACUGAAAAAUUUGACUAUGUGUGGACGCAAAGGAAACCUGCACUUCAUCCGCUUUCCCAGCUGUGCCAUGCACAGGUUCAUACAGAUGGGGAGUGAAAAGAACUUCUCCAGUUUGCACACUACGCUCUGUGCCACAGGAGGUGGAGCUUACAAGUUUGAGGAGGAUUUUAGAACGAUUGCUGACCUACAGCUCCACAAACUGGAUGAAUUGGACUGUUUGAUCCAGGGCCUCCUUUUUGUUGAUUCUGUUGGUUUCAAUGGCCAACCAGAGUGCUAUUACUUUGAAAAUCCCACAGAUCCUGAACAGUGCCAGAAAAAGCCUUACUGCCUUGAUAAUCCAUAUCCUAUGCUGCUGGUUAACAUAGGCUCAGGGGUCAGCAUCCUAGCUGUGUAUUCUAAGGACAAUUAUAAGAGAGUUACAGGAUCCAGUCUUGGAGGAGGAACGUUCCUGGGCCUGUGCUGUCUGCUCACUGGCUGCGAGACGUUUGAAGAAGCGCUAGAAAUGGCCGCAAAAGGAGACAGCACCAAUGUGGAUAAGCUGGUGAAAGAUAUUUAUGGAGGAGACUAUGAGCGGUUUGGCCUUCAGGGGUCUGCUGUAGCAUCCAGCUUUGGUCAUAUGAUGAGUAAAGAAAAGAGAGAUUCCAUCAGUAAAGAGGACUUGGCCAGAGCUACUUUGGUCACCAUCACCAACAACAUAGGUUCUAUUGCUCGCAUGUGUGCACUGAAUGAGAACAUUGACAAAGUGGUAUUUGUUGGCAACUUUCUCAGAAUUAAUAUGAUUUCUAUGAAGGUGCUAGCAUAUGCUAUGGAUUAUUGGUCCAAAGGACAGCUGAAAGCUCUGUUUCUGGAACAUGAGGGUUAUUUUGGAGCUGUUGGUGCUCUUCUAGAAUUGCUUAAAAUGACAGAUGAUCAGUGAUGAAGCUGUCUGAAGAGAUUCCUACUGCAGAUGCUGCUGGAUAAGAGUGAAAGCCACUACAAGGAUGGAAACAAAGCCAUUAUGGUAGUUCUACCUGCUGGAUUUGUAAAUAAUUUAAAAUCCUUUUAGCUAAUCUUUAACUUCUGGGUUUUGACCUUAUACUUCAGAAUUCAUACUGGGAAUUAUGAGGAUUUUUUUUCUGUACACUGUAUUUUUUAGAGGAAAAAAAUGUGCGAAGUGGCCAAACAUACAGAUUUUAUGGAUUUAUUUUAAAAAACGGAUACUGUUUAAUGUAGGACCUGUGAUAUGAGGCAUCUGCUUUUCUUCUGGGGUUUACUGAUUAGUGUGGUAAUUUUAACUUCAUUUAGUAAUCACUCUAGGAGAUUUUUUAAUCUUAUUUUCAUGACGUUUCAUGAUUUCUUCUUGGUUUCGAAUGAAACUACAAAGAUGAUGCAUUUUACUGUGAAAACUAGUCAUUUUUUUGCCUUUCCUUUCCUCAUUAGACGAGACACUUUUUUAUUUAACACCCCCCUGCUCCCCCAAAAAAUAAAUUUACAAGCCUUCUGUGGCUAAAUGUGUUUCUUGGCAGGACUAUGAGAAGGCUUGGCAGGGGUAGGGGGUUUAAGGUCGUAAUUUUUUGGUAGUCAUGAAUUGCAACAGGAACAGACUGCCAGCUGGUUUUGCAGGACUAAUUUUUCUCUAUAAUAAAAAUCUUAAACAAGAUGUGAAUUAAAAUUUUAAUUGUUGAAUUGACAAUUAAAUUGAAUUGUUUCUGUUGAAAAGCUCUGAUCUGAAGAGUUUCGUAGUAGAGAUGUUAUUUAUGUGGUACAUACUUGGCAUUAGAUGGUAAAGGGAGAUUGUUUUCAUUUAUUUUUCUGUAGUCUGCAAGUUUUAACUUGUUCUUAAUUGAAAACAACUAAUAACUGCAUUAUUCAAAGCCCAGUUACUAAAAUUAGAGAAGUACAGACUAAUGUACUUUCUGCUUUUAAGUUAAUGUGAACUUUCCCUCCAGGGCACGAAAAUUUGAAUGUUCGCCCCAGUGCAGUAUUUUCUACCUUUUUUGAUUUGUGGACCUCUCUAGAUUUUUUUUUUUUCAAGUUGAAUUGAGACCCCUUUGAAAUCUAUGUACUGAGGUUGCUGCAGAGCAUAUAUCAACUUGCUUUUCUUAGACACCUUGAGGACUCACAAAUGAGAGGCUGAAGAAAAGUUCAUAAAUUAUUUUGUCUUGCAAGACUGUAUAUGAUGUCACAUAAUGUAAAGGAUCAUCAGAGGGACAGUAUAAAAUUCAGACACAUGUGUUAUCCAGUAUAUUUUUGGAAGGGGGUUUAUUUCACUUUUCUAAGUCAUUCUUUUCCAUAUCUCCCAAAUGCUGAAAAAAAGGUGAUAUUAACUAAAGUGUUAACUUGUCUAAUGGAAAUAAAGACCACUACUGUUUUGACAGUUUUAA